AUGGGUAGAAAUCGGUUUCACGGGAAGCCGUCAAACGGCGAUGUGGUGUUCGCCGUCGUCGCUGGCUUUUUGUUUCUCUCUCUCCCGUUGGUGUGCUUUGGGAUUCGUUCUUUUCCGGUGAACGGAGAAAUCUUGGCUCAGGUCGGAACGGAUUUGAUUAGCUUCACGGAAGCGCCGGAGUAUCGUAACGGAGUCGAAUGCUCAAACAAAACUAUACAUAUCGCAAUGACACUCGAUUCCGAGUACCUUCGUGGCUCAAUCGCCGCCAUCCACUCCGUUCUCCGCCAUGCUUCUUGCCCAGAAAACGUGUUUUUCCACAUCAUCGCCGCCGAGUUCGACCGUGCGAGUCCACGGGUCUUAACUCGGAUUGUCCGGAAUACGUUCCCUUCUCUCAACUUCAAAGUCUACAUUUUCCGGGAAGAUACAGUGAUCAAUCUGAUAUCGUCGUCGAUCCGGGUCGCUCUCGAGAACCCGUUAAACUACGCCCGAAACUAUCUGGGCGAAAUUCUCGACCCGAAUGUUGAACGGGUUAUCUACCUCGACUCCGAUGUCGUUUUGGUCGACGACAUUAACAAGCUGUGGAGCAUCACUUUGCAGAACAACCGUGUGAUCGGAGCUCCGGAGUAUUGCCACGCGAAUUUCACGAAAUACUUCACAGAAACGUUCUGGUCCGACCCGUUAAUGUCUCGGGUAUUCGCAUCGAAGAAUCCAUGUUAUUUCAACACCGGUGUGAUGGUAAUGGAUAUGGUGAAAUGGAGAGCUGGGAACUAUCGCCGGCGAAUCGAAAACUGGAUGGAAUUGCAGAGAAAAAAAAGGAUUUACGACUUGGGUUCCUUGCCGCCGUUUCUACUGGUGUUCGCCGGUAACAUUGAGCCGAUUCACCACCGCUGGAACCAACAUGGGCUCGGCGGAGAUAACGUGAAAGGCAGCUGUCGGUCGCUACAUUCCGGUCCGGUGAGCUUGCUUCAUUGGAGUGGCAAAGGGAAGCCGUGGGUCAGACUGGAUGAAAGGAGACCUUGUCCGUUGGAUUAUCUCUGGCAGCCGUACGAUCUUCAUCAGCAUAAGAAUCAAUAUCAACCGUUGGAUUGA